UCAAAGUACCCACAAUGCGGUGGGUGUCCGGUUUCCAGCUAGCUUGGCAGGCCGGACUUCCUGUGUACACAACCGCCGCGAUUCAAGUUUGCUCGCGCUCGGCCGAGGAAUUCUGCCGGCAUAACAUGCGACAAGAGCACUUUUCACCACCUUUCUCUGCGCCACAGGCAGUGUAGGCGGUUUGUGAAUGUGUUGCUAUGUCCUGGGGUCGUCGGCUGGACAGGAAACGGGCGUAACAACGCAGAACAGCACCUCGUAGUUACCCCAUGCCACAGCUAGACAAGUCGAAGCGCGACCCAUGCAUGCCCGCUAUUAUAAUCCUCGACAAAAACAGCUUUCACUGAUAAUGAGGUGUGCUGGACAGGUGUACUAGUCUGAAGGCGAGGUCACCUGUGGUCAUCUGACAGGUAUGCAACCCAAGCCAAGUGGAAUGUCACGGACCAGGGGGACUGAAUAUGAAACUCAAGAAUGUGUGCGACGACCAUAGAUAAUGAAAGAAGUUUACAUUGAUCAAUCUGCAGUACAACACUACACAUAGUGUAAACUGAUCAACCAAGGUGGAUAGAGGUAGCCAACAUGUAAGGCUGAAUUCAGGAUCCACCAUCCAUUUGUUUUCCAAGGUGUGGCCUGUGGAUACUCUAGUUUAGCUUUCAAAGUCAAAAGAAUAAAACGUGGCGAGUCAUGUCUGUACUGUUUUCAUGGCUGACUGGAAAGCGUGACUAAGUAGGUGUACAGAAACACAUGUAAACACAAACACAAAGGGAGGAGAUCUCAGCUUCAUCCUGAACUUGGCGGCCACCAUGGCUGGAAUGUUUGACGACUACGAGUACGACAUCCUCCCCACGCUGCUGGAAGACGAGGAGAAUGUGUCGCUGGCUGACAUCUUGGCGCUGCGGGACGAGUGCCUGUCGGAGCAGGAAUUGUGGGCCAUCUGCAGGGAGACGUGCACGGCGCUGCGCAGCAUCGAGAUGUCGGACCUGUUCCAGACGCUCUGUAUCACCCCGGAAACGCUCGCCUUCAACGCCGCGGGAAACGUCUGCUUCAUGGAUAUUCUGGACGAUCCGCUGAUCUUCCGUGUGACGUGA